AUGAUACGGUCGACUCGUGGAAAAACGUUAGCGUCAGCAUUGCCUAAAGAUAUCCCAAAGGUUAAGGAGGAAAUCAAAGCAUCGCUGCCGCUCCUACGAGCAGCGGAUAUCAGAAGGUUAGCAAUUCCGUACAAUGAGGUACUGGUAGCAGAGUUACACGAGGAAGGUUUCCAUGAGGCAGCCGAGUAUUUUAAAUUCCUCUUCGAGCUCGACGAGGAGACCAGAAAAACCGCUGGUCCCGACACUUUGAUUUGGUAUAAGCCACGACUUGCCGACAACGAGCAAUACGUCGACAGACUUCGAUCGGUCUUAUUGAUUUUUUGUCAACGGACGAUACCGGCUGCAGACAGAACCUUGGCGAUGAUCGACACCGCGUUAUUUUUUCAAAAUUUAACCUGGGAGUGGUGGUGGAUCGCAGAAACCCUCUAUCGCAGUGCAUUUUAUAUAGCCAAGGAAAUUGAAAAUGACGAUAAACAGAUAAUCAACAUUUUACGCUUUAUCUACGCUAGAUUCUUGUUCUUUCAAAUGAAAAACGCUCAAACCGCAUUGGAAUACAUUCGAGAAGCUUAUCAAGAGUCUCGUCAUAAGUCCUGGAACGCCUCGGACAUCGUAGGCUUUGAGCAGGAAAGUUUAUUCAACGAAAGUUGCGCUUUGUUACAUCAAGUUUUGCUACAGAUUGCACGGCAAACUCGCGAUUGCGACGUGCAAACUUCCAUCGAUUCGUGCCGAGUAGCACUCAAUGCUUCUAACGAAUCCGGUCACGAUGAGCUCGUCGCGGAGGUAGAGUAUGAAUUUGGUAAAAGUGAAUUCACCGCGGGUAACAUCGAGGAAGCGAUUACACAUUUCAUAAAUAGUCUCAAUGCUUACGAGCAGAUUCACGAUGCACAGGGCACUUGCACGGUUCACGCGGAACUUGUUAAUGCUUAUAAGCAAAUUGGGAAUAAAGAUAUAAUUUUAAGACACUUGGAGGAAAUGACAAAUAUUGCUUCAAAAUUUCAAUUACAACAAAAGCUCGCUGAAGCUUAUUAUUUAACUGCAGAGUACUAUUUAUCACGGGCCAAUCUGAAGGAAGCGAUUCCAAGUGCCGAAUACGCAUUUUCUUUGUAUAAUCGUCUUGGUUUGCGAAUACAAGCGAAUAGUGCUAGAUGUCUCGUAGGUGUAACGAAAGGUAAAGACAUAACGGAUGCGUACAAAGUCUUAAUUAAAAGAAGUGUCGAAGGCGAUGCUGACGCUAUACUAAAAAUUUGCCAAUGGAGGGAUCGUGGUGAAUUAUUCUAAU